AUGUCGAAAGCAUCGUCGAAGUGUGAAACGGAUACCUUACUAGGCGAGAGUUCUGGCGACAUAGGGCAAUCUUUGGAACUAAGUUAUAAUUCAUUCUUUUCCACCCGAAAUUGCAUUGCAUACGCGGGAAUGGUUGGAUAUUUCCUUGCUUAUUCAUCCCGUAUUAUUCUGAGCGUGGCUAUUAAUGCCAUGGUAGUUCAGAUACCAGAAACUAACGCUGUUAAUGAAAAUUGCCCCUUGCAUCACAAUUCGACAGCAGAACUGAUUCCUGGUCACUUGGAGAAAGGUACAUUUAACUGGACAGUUAAAGAACAAGGAUACGUUCUGUCGUCUUUCUUCUACGGCUCUGGCCUCACACAAUUCCCAUCCGGAAUCAUAGCUAGCAAAUUUGGAGGCAAACUAUCUUUUGCAAUUGGCGUUGUGGGAACUGGAAUUUGUACCUUCUUAACUCCGACUUUUGCGUUUAUUGGGGUGUACGAAUUAUGUGCACUUCGAUUCCUCAUGGGAAUUUUACAGGGCUUAGUGUUCACUUCGAUGAAUCAUCUGAUGGGCGUUUGGGUGCCCGAGUUCGAGAGGAGUUUCUACUCGGCCUUGGUUGGUGGUGCCGCUGACAUCGGGAAUAUUUUCUCUCCUAUAAUUGCGGGCUAUUUGUGCUCCUUAGACUUCAUGCAUGGAUGGCCGUUAAUUUUCUACCUCCAUGGUCUUAUCUCCCUGGGCUGGCUUAGUGUGUGGUGGAGAGUGGCAUCCGACACCCCUUCGUCCCACCCGAGGAUUUUGGAGGCCGAGAUGACUUACAUCACCAACAACACUGCCCAGUCAACCACACGCACACCCUUUCCAUGGAAAAGAGCUUUGACCAAUGGGCCUGUUCUGGCCCUAAUAGUAGCCCAGUCUUGCUCUAACUGGAUCAACAUUGGAGUGAUGUUGCUGCUCUCGCCCUACAUAUCCAGGGUACUCAACUACGACUUGUCUGCUAACGGCAUCUUCAGCUGUCUCCCAUGGCUCUGCAGUAGUUCCAUGAUCUUAGUUUUCUCGUCCCUCACCGACCUGUUACGUAAGAAACGAAUCGUAUCAACAGGAGUCGCCAGAAAAGUCAACCAAUCAGUGGGCUCUUUUCUUCCCGCUGUUCUUUUCAUUCUCGCCGCGCAUUCGGGCUGCAACACUUCUACAACUAUUCUUCUGUUCACGCUUGGAAUGGUGUGCUUCGCGGCAACAUUUUCAGGCUAUCACUGCAACCAUCUAGACCUUGCGCCGAACUAUGCUGGAAUUUUGUUCGCUGUUUGCAACCAGUUCGCUGUGUUGCCUGGAAUUAUGUUGCCGAACUUUGUAACUUAUUACACUCAAAAUAACGUACACAGUCCUGAAUUAUGGCAGAAUGUUUUCUACUUGUUAGGGGGGAUAAGCUCAAUUGGGGGAGUUAUUUACCUGCUUUUCGGAUCUGGAGAAAGGCAGAAAUGGAGCUAUGAGACAGAAAUUGAAACUGAAAAUGAGUAUCAAGUUUUGAAAUUGGAGAAGAGCUAACAUUCAGUCCACUUCUGACUUAAUUUUUUCAAAGCUUCCAUAUCUUCAUUUGGAUAGAACUGAUUAAAAACAUUGAGAGAAAAGUA